CAACCGGUUUCUCUUUUGUCUCCUUCACUUCAGGCAGAUUCCUUACCACUGAGCUACCAGAAAAGACCAUGUUAACAGUGUUUUUUCUGGAUGAACAGAUUCUAAGCAAUUUAAUUAUUUUCUUUUUUCUUCUUAUUUGACUACAGUGACAUAUAUUAAUUUUAUCUGUAGUUUUUUUAAGUGAAGAAGAGGACUUGAGUGAAAAAUUGCCUGUUCAGAAUCUUCCCAUUAAAAGAGGAGGACAAGAGAGCAAAUGCAUAUUUCACCGUCUGUGAAAACUUCCCUGUAAUUCAGUUUUCUCUCUCCAUAUUACACCAAAUUAAAAAGAUAUGAAUGAAUAUCCUAAAAAAAGAAAAAGGAAGACUUUACAUCCUUCUCGUUAUUCAGAUUCCUCUGGAAUAAGCAGAAUUGCAGAUGGAUUCAAUGGAAUUUUUUCUGAUCAUUGUUACAGUGUUUGUUCUAUGAGACAACCAGACUUAAAAUAUUUUGACAACAAAGAUGAUGAUUCUGAUACAGAGACAACAAAUGAAUUGCCAAAAUUUACUGAUGGAAUCAAAGCCAGAAAUAGAAAUCAAAACUACUUGGUUCCCAGUCCUGUACUUAGAAUUCUAGACCACACUGCCUUUCCUACAGAAAAAUCUGCUGAUAUUGAAAUUUGUGAUGAAGACUGUGACUCCCCUGAAUCGGUCCACCAGCAAACCCAAGAGGAGAGCCCCAUAGAAGUUCACACUGCUGAAGAUGUUCCAAUUGCUGCAGAAGUACAUGCAAUUUCUGAAGACUAUGAUAUAGAGGCAGAAAACAAUUCUUCUGAGAGUCUCCAAGACCAAACUGAUGAAGAGCCACCAGCCAAACUUUGCAAAAUUGUUGACAAGAGCCAAGCUUUGAAUGUGACUGUCCAGCAGAAAUGGCCUUUACUGAGAGCUAAUAGCAGUGGCCUCUAUAAAUGUGAACUUUGUGAGUUCAACAGCAAAUAUUUUUCUGAUUUAAAGCAGCAUAUGAUCUUGAAGCACAAGCGUACUGAUUCAAAUGUGUGUCGAGUAUGCAAAGAGAGUUUCUCUACCAACAUGCUUUUGAUCGAACAUGCCAAACUUCAUGAAGAAGAUCCCUACAUAUGUAAAUACUGUGAUUAUAAUUAUAGCCUCUUGAGCAAAAUCACAUUUGACAAAUGUAAAAACUUCUUUGUUUGUCAAGUAUGUGGGUUUCGGAGUAGACUUCAUACAAAUGUUAACAGACAUGUUGCUAUUGAACAUACUAAAAUUUUUCCUCAUGUUUGUGAUGACUGUGGGAAAGGCUUCUCAAGUAUGCUAGAAUAUUGCAAACAUUUAAAUUCACAUUUAUCUGAAGGGAUUUACUUAUGUCAGUACUGUGAAUAUUCAACAGGACAGAUUGAAGAUCUUAAAAUCCAUCUAGAUUUCAAGCAUUCGGCUGAUUUACCUCAUAAAUGUAGUGACUGCUUGAUGAGGCGGGAGACAGGUUGUAUCCCUGAACCUGGAAGACCCCCUGGAGUAAGAAAUGGCAACCUCGUCUAUAAGUCAAAAGUUUUUUCUUUAUUGCUGAUGGCCGAGCAAGCAGGAUUGCUUGUCUUGCACCACAACCCAACCUCAUCUCGCCGCACCUGUCCUCCUUUUCGCUCUUCCUCACUACACCAACCACUGGCAGCUAGCGACGCCGAGGCUGGGCAGAGCUUUGGAAAUUUUGAAGGCAGAGGGAGGCGAAGCAGAAGUUAG